AAGGGAGUGAGUGUUUGACAUGAGCAAGAGAAUAAAAGAGGACAAACGCCGGCAGAGGAGUGCAGUCCACACAGACGAAUGGCAAAGAGAGCAUCCAUCCAUCCAUCCGUUACACGCGCGUUGCUCACGGACUUCCGCAAACGGCGUGGUUUCUGAUUCCCUAAAGGCAGGGAGGACAGGCUGAGGCAGCGGCUGACCUGAAGACACAAAUGUCUGAGGAGGAAAAUGAUGAAGACUGACAAGGAUUAGUGACUUUUACCCCCCACCCCCUUCUCUUUCGUUCCCUCCUCCGCCCUCCACUCAUGCCGCCAGGGCUUCGCCACCAUGGGGUUGGAGCGCGGCCGAAGAGCCUGUCUCGCACUCACCCUGAACUUUGUGGCAUUCGCGCUGGCUGUCACGGCGGUCACCACCAGCUUCUGGUGCGAGGGGACCCGCAAGGUUGUGAAGCCUUUCUGCACAGGGCCUACCACGAUGAAGCAGUCGUACUGCAUCCGCUUCAACAGCUCCAACCUCAACGACAGCCGGCUGGUGCAGUACAUCUAUGAGACCGGCGAGGAAAAGUUCCUCAUGAGGAAGUUCCACACUGGCAUCUGGUUCUCCUGCGAGCAGUCCGCCAACAUGGUCGGUUUCACUUGCAGAGACUUUUUAGAUAUUGCACCAGAACGAGAGCGAGGAGUGUUGUGGCUUUGCAUCGUAACAGAGUGUCUGUACAUCUCGCUGCUGUUCAUAGGUGGAGCCCUUAUGUCCAUAGAGAUGUUCCAUUGCUGCAACAUGAUGAACAGGCUCAAACUGAAUGCCUUUGCGGCCCUUUGUACAGCGCUGUCAGGUCUCUUUGGGAUGUUGGCUCACAUGAUGUUCACAACAAUCUUCCAGCUGGCAGUCUUGCUCGGGCCAGAGAACUGGAGACCCAAGACCUGGGACUACAGCUGGUCCUAUCUCCUGGCAUGGGCGUCCUUCGCCACCUGCAUGGGCUCGGCGGUGACAGCCCUAAACCGCUAUACCAGGACCAUUAUCGAGUUCAAGUUCAAGCGGAAGCAACUCGAGAAGAACCUGCGUAUCAAGCAGAAACUGCUGGAGCUGGAUCUGCCCGAUCAGCUGCACGUGUGGGACACGUACCUGCCUUCCAUGCCGCCCGUGCUUGAGCUCCCAGGGACCGGGCCGCCACUGCCAGAGUUGCCCAACACCAACGGCUUCAAGCCCCCCUGCGGCCAUGCCGACCUGCUGGACCUGAGCGGUGAGAUGGAGCUGACGGGAGAGGAGGAGUACUUCUGAACAGGACCUAAACUAGGGCUGCGUUUCCUAAAUACACCAUUGUGCUAUGGCCAUCGUCAAGACUACAAGAACUACAAGGGACUGGUCAUAAUGAUCGUAUUCAUUGUGCUAUGGCCAUCUACAAAACUACAAGAACUACAAGAGACUGGUCAUAAUGAUCGAUUUCAUUGUGCUAUGGCCAUCUACAAAACUACAAGAACUACAAGAGACUGGUCAUAAUGAUCGAUUUCAUUGUGCUAUGGCCAUCUACAAAACUACAAGAACUACAAGAGACUGGUCAUAAUGAUCGAUUUCAUUGUGCUAUGGUCAUCUACAAAACUACAAGAACUACAAGAGACUGGUCAUAAUGAUCGAUUUCUCUGUUCUUCAACGAUGGCUGUUGUAGCACAUUCACGAAGCUAGGGCUGUGUUUCCCAAAUCACAUAACUGUGCUAUGACCAUCAGACUUACUAUCUAUAAUGGAUGUUGCACAAUGACAAAAUCACUGGCUGAGAAGGUAAGUGCAAGACACAGAUGAGAGAGACUUCACGCAAAUCAUCAGUAUGACCCGCUCCUCAGAGAAAUAAGGUGCAAGACGUAAACAUGUUUCCUAAUCCUUUUUUUCAAUAACUAAGGGCUUUACUUUAAACUGACUACGUUGAUUUGAUGGUCUUAUUGAUUCACCAUGGUUUGCACAAACUGUAUGAAUUGACCACCUCCUGGUUUAGGGGGAAUCACAGUGUUUUUACUGAGGAACACAUACAACAUGAAGUGGAGACAUUGCAAUAAAGCAAGGCAAAUUAAAUACUAACAUGACAAAGUACAAUAGAAAAUAUUGAAAGGAAAACUCUAUGAUGCCAUAGAAUGUAUGUGACUGGGUACAAAGCAAAACCACAUAAAGAUGGCGGUAGACCUAUAAUACUGACACGCUCACAAAAAAUACUAAAUAAUGUACUACUGGUAAGCAGCAUUUAGUUAAUUCAGUUAUUUAGUAAUAUUUUGCCUUCUAAGUAUAUGGUUUCAUAUUUCAUUAUUAUUUUAAAAUACAGGAAUUGUAUGUUGUUUUAUAGCAUUUACGAAUAAACAACUCAUCAUGUUUGUGCUGGUAUGCACACAUACUUACCAGUGCAUUGUGCUGUCAGAUUUCAGUAACUUGAAGUUGAAUUCAUUUUAAGUGUGGAAUAAAUAUGGAGAAUAACGUUCUUUUAAUGAUCA